GUGGUUCAGGACACCUACCAGAAUGGGGAAGGGGACAGCGUGUGCAGCAGCAGCAGCAUCAACAGUGUCAAUGUGGAGGACAUGUCCCUGUGUCUGGCUGCCAUUCAGAAGCUGAUGGAGUACAUCAAGUUCAACUUCAUGGAGAGUGACACAGCUCUGCUGGGCAGCCCGUCCUCCUGCAGGGAGGGGCUGGACGUCGAGGUCCAUGGCGUGUCGCUCAGCAAAGACGAGGGCGAUGCCGCCGAGUUCGGCCUCAGCUUCGGGAACAUCCCCAUUUUCGGGGACCCUGACGGGAGAAAGAAGGGAGGCCCUAGGAGGAGGAGGGACCAGGGCCCCAUUAUCGACGUGGGCUGCAUAUGGGUGACGGAGGUGAGGAAGAGGAGCCCGGCGGCCUGCUGCGGGGGGAUCAAACUGAGAGAUGAACUGCUGUCACUCAACGGGCAGCUGAUGGUGGGAGUAGAUGUCAGUGGAGCCAGUUACCUGGCUGACCAGUGCUGGAAUGGAGGCUGUAUCUACAUGAUCAUGCUGCGGCGAGUCAAGCGGAAGGCUCCCCCCCCUCCCUCCAACGCCAACGGCAGCGUCGGCACCGCUGUCAUCGGCGACCGCUGCGAAGUCCCGCCGCAGUGCAGAGCCGCCUCCGACUGCUCGUCGAGCGGCAAACGCACGCGCAAGUUCGGCGUCAUAUCGCGGUCGUCCUCCAACCGGGACGACCGGGGCGGUGGCGACUCCGAACUCAAGAGCUCUUACCACGGCUGCAACGGCUCCUCCGUUCCCGCCGACGCAGGGGUCAGUCCUCCUCCCGGAGACGACCCGGGUUGCGUCCACUCUGCGGGCACACCGCCGGGGGAGAGCCCGGACGCCUCUCCUCAGGUGAGAGCUGCUCCCCAGCGUCUGCGCGGCGGAGGCGCCGCCACUCUGCCCGCCAGGUGUCACAGUCAGCUGUUGGAAUGCAAGAUGGAUUCUUUCAGCAGUGAACCUUCAAGCCAG